AAGACGCUGAGGAAAGGGCUCAGUAUCAACAUAUACUUCAAACCAUCCUCAUCUGCUGGAUCUAUCAAAGAGUAUUAUUUUUUAAACCAAACAUGAAGUUCCUGGUGAUCGUUUUUGUGGCCCUGCUUGCCUUCGCCUCGGCUCUGCCCCAAUUCGGAUUUGGAGGAUUUGGUGGACAAGAACAACAGCAGCAGCAAGAAGGAUUCAGUGGAGGCUUCGGCGGUUUUGGUGAACAGCAACAACAGCAACAGCAAGGAUUCAGUGGAUUCGGGGGAGGCCUCGAGCAGCAGCAGCAACAGCAGCAGGAAGGCUUUGGGGGCGGUUUCGGAGGCUUCGAGCAGCAACAGCAACAGCAGCAGGGAGGAUUUUUCUAGGCUUAUUUUAAAUAAUAAUUUAAAUAAAAGAUAAUAUAAUACUUUAAAACAUAAACCGAUACAUAAGAUCACUGGCCCUAUGAUUAUUCAAAGCUAGCAAAAUAAGAGAAUAUUAUAUUCAAGCUUAGACUUUUUAAACCAAGUGAUGUUCAGAGCAAUCUGGUUUUAGAUGCUAAUUCCAGAGGGAAAAUUAACACUUAUUAAAAAUGAAUUAAAUAAACGUAUAAUGUCUCUAA